GCCUUCAUCAAGUGUAGGUAGUGGCAUCAAGAAUCUUGUAAUCAGUAUCUGGCGGCUGCUGUGUUGUGGUGACCUUUCCUUCUUCAUUAUAUAUAUUUCAUUCUCUCCGGUCAACAAAAAAAAAAAUUAACCCUUUCAAUCUCUCAAAGAGCUACCACCACCACACCACAAUAACUAGGAAUGUCUCUUCUUCUUCUCCCUACGAAUUUACAACAAUGCCCUUCUCCAUCCACCUUCCCUUCUCCGUCGUCCCCUCUUUUGUCUCCGUCUCCGUCUCCGUCUCCUUCCACCGUCGUCGUACCUCGUCGGAGAUGUCUCAGAUUGGUUACUUCUUGUGUCUCCACCAUUCCAACCUCUGUUUCUAAUGGCUCUGCUCCCGCUUCUGUUGUUGUCGUUGAGCGAGAGCAGAUUCGUCUUGGUCUUCCUAGUAAAGGACGUAUGGCUGCUGAUGCGAUUGAUCUUCUCAAGGACUGUCAACUGUUUGUUAAACAAGUCAAUCCUAGGCAAUAUGUUGCACAAAUUCCUCAGUUACCGAACACUGAAGUUUGGUUUCAACGCCCAAAAGAUAUUGUCAGGAAGUUACUCUCAGGAGAUUUGGAUCUGGGCAUCGUUGGUCUUGACACGCUUAGUGAAUAUGGUCAGGAAAAUGAAGAUCUAAUCAUUGUCCAUGAAGCUCUCAACUUUGGAGACUGCCACCUAUCUAUUGCGAUACCCAACUAUGGGAUAUUUGAGAAUAUAAAUUCUCUGAAGGAGCUAGCACAAAUGCCCCAAUGGAGUGAGGAGAGACCCUUACGCCUUGCUACUGGCUUCACCUAUCUCGGCCCCAAAUUUAUGAAAGAAAACGGCAUUAAGCAUGUUACAUUUUCAACUGCAGACGGAGCACUGGAGGCAGCUCCCGCGAUGGGCAUAGCUGAUGCCAUUUUGGACCUUGUGAGUAGUGGGACAACACUCAAAGAGAAUAACUUAAAAGAAAUAGAGGGAGGUGUUGUGUUGGAAAGUCAGGCGGCACUUGUGGCAAGUAGGAGAGCAUUGACGGAGAGAAAAGGUGCACUAAACACAGUACACGAGAUUCUUGAGAGAUUGGAGGCGCAUCUUAAGGCGGAUGGCCAGUUCACUGUUGUUGCAAACAUGAGGGGAAAUAGUGCUGAGGAAGUGGCUGAGCGUGUGUUGAGCCAACCAUCAUUGUCAGGAUUGCAGGGACCAACAAUAAGCCCAGUUUACUGUACAAAAGAUGGCAAAGUAUCGGUUGACUACUAUGCGAUUGUGAUUUGUGUACCAAAAAAGGCCCUAUAUAACUCUGUGAAGCAACUGAGAGCGGUCGGAGGCAGUGGGGUAUUAGUUUCACCUCUGACCUACAUUUUUGAUGAGGAUACUCCAAGAUGGGGUCAGCUCCUGAGAAACCUUGGGAUUUAAAUGUCUUGCUAAGGAAGAUGCAUAUGCUGAACAAGUUUUAAGAAGACUCUUUGGUGUAGAUCUCUGAGUUAUGGUACCUUUUUAUUUUCUUUUUCCUCACCAUGUCGUCCUCCUUGCUGUUGUAAUUUUUACCCCUCGUUUCUGUAAGGAUCUUAUUCGUUGUUGUUAAUUCCGUUGGAACAAUAAGAACAAGCCUUUUUAAUAAUACAUCUUUGCAAUAAAGGAAA